AUGACCUGGGAGCAAGCCAAAGCUAAACUAUGCACUCUUUUCCCGGACGAAGAGGAACGCGGCAGAAUAAGGGGAAAAGAUCUAAAUCCCCAAGUCCUAAAAGAAAUCCAGCGUAAAGUCGACCGCCUGGAUGAAAUGAUGAUGAAACGAGCAAGAAUCUCGUCAGAGGCUGUUAUUCCAUCAUUAUCAUAUAGUAAUG